AUGUCGAUAUCCUCUAGCUCCAACAAGACGCUGCCCUACUCGGCGGACGGUGGCAGCUACAGCACCCACGACACGCUCGCCCUCCUCGUCAUCGGCUUCAGCGUCACCGCCGUCUGCGUCUUCAUAAUCGCGCUGUUCGAUUGCCUGUGCUGCCGCCCGCGCCGCGCCGGCGGCCGCAGGAUCGUCUUCGUGGGCGCCCGGCCGUUCUUGGUGCGUGCCGGCGGCGACGGUGGGCUGAGCCCCACGGCCGUGGCCGCGCUGCCGUCGUUCUUGUACCACAGAGGCUUGGCCGUCCGCGGCAACGGCGAUUCGGACGGUCGUGGCGAAGGCAGCGGCGGUGGCCGCGGGUGGGCGCAGUGCGCGGUGUGCCUCAGUCUGGUGAAGGAAGGGGAGGUGGUGAGGCAGCUGCCGGCGUGCAUGCACCUGUUCCAUGUAGGCUGCGUCGACACCUGGUUGCACUCCCACUCCACUUGCCCUCUGUGCAGGGCCACGGUAGAGCCCCCUUCGAAAGACCAGGUGCCUCCUGUGUGA